AUGGCUAAAAGUGCUGAAGCUGAAGUGGAAAAGAUGAAAAUGCUUGAAGAAAGAAUAAAGGCGCCAUCUAUAUGGGGCCGCGUACCGUGCGGGGUUCGUUUCGAAGACUUACAAGAUAGACGAUAUGAAGACGCUGUACGUUUGUUGAAGAAGCAUUACUUGCCUGAAGAGAUAACGUACCGAUCAGUCAAAAUAUCAGAAAGCAAAGAGGGUACAGACGAGUUUGUUCACAACGCAAGAAUUUGGAUGAAAGAUAAAAUGUCUAUAGCCGCCGUGAAAGAAGGCGAUGAUAAACUUGUCGGCGUCCUAAUAAUGAGAAUUCAGGAGAAAAAUGCCUUCUCCAGAACAUUUAGUCGUGUGAAGAUAACGCACAAUGCCCAAUACACUACAGUGAUGACUUUUUAUAAGGCAAUUGAGAAACCUAUAGAUUUGUAUGAGAAGCUCGGCGUGAAGAAGUUCUUCAAGAUUUACGUUUUGGCAUUGAAACCUAGAUAUCGGCAUAGGGGUAUUGCCAAAGAAAUGCUAAAAGCCGCAAUAGCAUUAAGCGAGAGCGCUAACGUACCGGCCGUUACGGGUAUUUUCACAACGAGUCGAGGUCAACAAAUUACAGAGGAAUUGGGCUUUGAGAAAUAUAACGAGCUGUACUAUGUGAGAUAUCUUAUUGAUGAUGAGAUAGUGUUCUGUGACACGGGUAUGGGAAACUAUGGCGCGGCUCUCAUGGCCUAUCGUAUUCCAAGCGUGGAAGAGCCCGUGGAAAAAGACACGCAUACUUCACGCUUCACUUUGCCAACUGCUGCUGCGGAAGAUAGU